CUGUGUUUUACUAAAAAUAGAGUGUAGUGAAACAUGGAAGCGGUUCCAAAAUUACCUCUUAUUAGUUUCGAACUUAAAGUAAGUUCGGAGAACACACAUUUUGGACCCAAACUGAAACAGUACAUAGCGGAAGUUUACAGAGAGGAUCCGGAAAGUUAUAGUAAUGAGAUACAUCAGCUGGAAGGGCUCAGGUCGGCCGCCGUGAGACCAUCAGUUGAUGCCGCGGGUCUGAAUGCUGUUAUGAGAUAUUUUUGCCAACUACGGGCAAUACAAAGCCGCUUUCCCAUGGCAAAAGGUCAACCCGCAGCAUGUACCUUCUCGUGGAAAGAUCUCUAUGCACACAUGAGUUGCCAACAAGCAGAUAUACGUUUUGAAAUGGCCUCCAUUCUGUACAACAUAGGAGCCCUGCAUACACAACUGGGCGCUACAAAAAGUAGAAAUUCUGCUGAUAGUUUAAAAGCUGCAUGUACACACUUUCAAAAUGCUGCUUGGGCAUUUUUAUAUUUGAGGGAGCAAUAUACACAGCCGCCUGGAGUUGAUGUGUCUGUAGAAGUCAUGAGGUUAUUACAGGAAAUAUGUUUGGCCCAAGCACAAGAAUGCAUCCUAGAAAAAAGUAUUCAGGACACUAAUAAACCCAGUGUUAUUGGUGCUGUUGCUACACAAGUGAUGUAUUUCUACAAGAAUGCUCUCGCCUUGCUUGGCCCAUCAACUGGAACUGACAACAUCCAUGAAAUCAUUGGCACCAAGCUUUACAACCAUUGGUACCGCUAUCUCUCAUUCAAGAUGUCUUACAUUGGAUGUCUUGUCUGUUUAUAUCAAGGCAUGAACGCGGAGGAACAGCAGAAGAUGGGAGAGCGCGUUGCAUUCUAUCAGCAAGCUAUAGACAAACUCAGCGAAGCUAGAAAGCUCGCGAAAUACAUAGAACCAGUUCAUGACACUGAAGACGCAUUGACAUUCACGUAUGACGUCGUGCAAGGAAAACGGAAAGCCGCUAAGAAUGAGAACGAAUUUAUUUACCACGAGGAAGUGCCUGAUAAGGACUUGUUGGUUGAUUUGAAGCCUGCGUGUUUGGUCAAAGCAAUUCCUAUUAAUUUUAAUGAUUCUGAGGUAUCGGGGCCUGACAUAUUCGCGCGUCUGGUCCCGAUGGGGGCUCACGAGGCGUCAUCCAUGUACUCCGAAGAAAAAGCAAAGUUGCUUAGGUCCAUUGUUGGCAGAACCGAGGCUAAGACCACUGAGCUCAUGGAAUUCAUGUCUUCGCUGCAGCUUGACCAGUUAGAAGUGGUUGAUUCUGAACAGAAAAUACCUCAAGAAAUAAUAGACAGGUGCGCAGCCAUGAACGCUAAAACCGAUGUCAUACAAAACCUUGUCGAUUCAAUGAACAACCUUGCUGAAGUCAUAAGCGACGUAGAGCACUCGCUUACUGAAAUCAAAGCUUUCAUACAGGAAGAAACGCUUAAAGAGAAAGAAUUCCAAAAAGUAAUGGGUCCACGGCCCCCGUCGAUAGUCCAGACGGAACUGUCGCGCGAGUUCCACAAGUACCAGGAGGCGCAUACAAGAACCAACGAGAGCAACCAGGUGUUACACAAAGCGAUGACGUUACAUAUCGCCAACUUAAGGCUGCUGGCCCAGCCAUUGGAAGUCCUGCAGAGCAAGAUACCUAGCAUUGACAAUAUUGAGGGCCUGGACCGCGGCACCAUGCAGGAGAUGCGCCGCGUGGUGGGCAAGGCGCGGGAGAUGCAGGCGCAGCGCGACGCGCUGGUGCAGCAGCUGCGCGACGCGCUCGGCGCCGACGACGUCACCGCGCAGCUGCUCGCGCGCAGCAACGAGCCCGCCGACGAGAUCUUCCAGCAGGAGCUCGAGAAGCACACUCCUAAGGUGAAGAUCAUAGAGCAGAACUUGGCGGCACAGGAGAACAUAAUCAACAAGCUGACGUCGUUGUACGCGGCCUACGGCGAGUCCAGGCGGCUGCUCUCCGACGUUUUGAGGAAGAGAGAAGGCCUCAUCAAUGCCUUGAUCACUUCGUUCGAUACUUACGAGGAGCUGUUGGGCAAGUGCCAGAAGGGCCUGGAGUUUUACAAGAAGCUGGGCUCCAACGUGGGCCAGCUGCUGACGCGCCUGCGCAGCAUCUGUCAGGUGCAGCAGGAGGAGAGGGCGCAGCUGCUCGCCAACCAGACUGCUAAAGGUGCAACCCCACCGCCUGCAGCAGCAACCGCAACGGCUGCCGCAGCUGUGGCUGCGGCAGGCGCCGCGGCAGCAAAGCUGUCUGACGUGACACCUACGCCUGCCGGCUCCAGUGGCACUCUGAAACUGAAGGAUUAUCUUCCUUAUAUGAAGAACAGAGCAGCUGCGAGAAGCGUUACUCCUCAAGCGCAAGUGGAUUUGCCCUCGGAUACUUACUACCCCGAAAUGAUGUACCCGUCUUCAGUGAGACCUACACCCGUCGGUUCUGAAGCCACAGACAUGUCUCAAAUGCAGCUUCCUGAUGGAGUAGCGAUGCCAUCAAUACAAGCCACCUACAACAGAUACGGGUCUUCAUACACGCCGCAAGAUCUUAGCGCGUACCCGGCCCAGCCUAACUACGCUUAUGCCACUACGAGCAAGGGGUACGAAAAACCGGAAGACAAUUAUGGUCACGCCACGCCAUAUACACCACCGCAGUACUCCACGCAAGUUGCGGAUCCUCAAUAUUCCAACCCGUACUACACUGGUAGCCACCAAAGCAAUUUGACUACAGUGACUGACUCGCAAAACUUGCCCUCGGGGUCAGCCAUGAAUUACAAUAUAUACAAUCCAAAUGCAUACGAUCCAUACAUUUCUCACGGGCAUCAUAUCGCGCCCAUACCUGAAGCUGUAUCGUCGCUGUCCUCUUAUGCAGCCGGGGCGCAAAUACCCGGCCAAUCAGAAUUGAACGUCAACUUCGGACACAUGCAAAUAGCUGCAUCGAAACCGGAGCCUGCUGCAGUUUAUACCGGGGACUAUAAUCAGACUUACUUCAACGCUCAACAUCCUCAAACAUCGACACCGAAUAUGGCAACUUACAGUAACGCGCCUCAGAGUUCCAACACUGUGGUGUCUUCGCAGUUGCCUUCGGACUAUAGCACUUUAAACUAUCCUUACUCGACUGAUCCCGCAAAUUCAAAUCAGUACGGUCAAGGAAUUAAUACGAACGUCACUGUCGGUUAUGGCUCGACGAAUCAGCCUGCAAUGUCCGUGCCCAGUUCCUACAACUCUGGACAAGCGACAAAUCCAGUACCCAGUAUCCAAGCGCCUUAUACCCUGCCUGACCAGCCGACUAGCUAUCCCGGAACGACAUAUGACGGCGUGGCAAACACAUAUGGGCAUACAAUUUACACGAACACUGAAAGCGUUGAUACGUCAACCACUAGCGUUGUAAUUCCCCAUGUAAGCCACGGACAAGAAUACGCUAUGUACCAACCGGACCGGAUUCCAAGUCCUCUGUCCCAUAUAGAUUCUGUGGAUCAGCCUAUAAAAUCACACGUGACAGGCGAAGCGUUGUCGGCGAACUUAAAUUUUCAAUCGACAUAUCCUUACAACCAGCCGGCCAUGAGUAUUUCUAACGCAGCUGAUCAAAGUUCUGUGCCGACCUAUUCUUCUGGUCAGACUUAUCCGAUGUCGCAACAGCCUCAAAAUUUUGAGGCUGAUAAUACGCAGAACUUCCAAACUACGUACGCAUUUAUCGACCAGACAGCAAAUAUGAUUUAUUCGCAGACGUUCCAAAACCACCCGGGUUAUGGUUACAAUCCUACAAGUGGGGGUUACGAGUACCAUUACGGGUCACAGAACACGCAUAACACAUUUCCUGCCUCGAACUACAGUGACACCAACCAAGCUAGCGUGGACAACCAGAAAAUAAGUCAAUGUAAUCAAAAUUGGUCAGCUCAAGGAAUGUACACUAACGCCGGAAGCUGCAACACCUUGCAGUCUCCUUCAGAGUCCGUGCCAGCAGCACCAGUACCUGAACAAGAAAGUAAUAAUCUACCAACAAAUCAAAUGUACUACAACAGCCCAUAUGGGUAUGUGACCAAUACAAACCAGUCGACUGAAGUAGUUCCAAAUAAUGUACAAACUACAACGAACUACGGCGCUAAUGUAAACCAGUCAACGUACAUGCAAUCGGGGCAGCAGAACACUAAUGUAACGUAUAGCAAUAAUCAAGUGUCUUCAUCGAAAGAUAAUGUACCGGAAUCGCUUAACGCUGAACAAAACACGUACACGAUAAAUAAUUCUGGUGAUGGAAUUACUCAAAAUCCACCAGUGGUUUCCGAACCAGAAGUUCCACAGAAAAAUGAGGUAGUAGAAGAAUCGUUGCCUGAACUCAGACCAGAACCAUCAGCCUUCGAUCUUUUGUCUGACAUCGACUUUACAGUAGAACAAAAACCGCUAAUGCCUGAAAUAAAAGUUCCUCCAAUAUCCGAAAGUGUUAUAAAGAAAGUUCCAAUAAUUCCUAAAGAUGAGCCAGUAUUGAAACCAGCGCCUAAAGAAGAAGUCAUAGAACGACCAGCAAAGAAAGACCUCUUUUCUGAUCCUGGUUUAUUGAACAAGUUUACUGAAACUGUGAAGAAUUUGCAAAAGCUUGUGGAUUCCCUUUCGAACAAAUCUGUAGGUGGUUUGACAGUUUUGGAUUCUAAAUGGAAGUCGUUUCAAGAUUGGCAGGCAAAAGAAAAUAUGACCAGACCCAAGUCGAUUGCAACAAAACACGCGGCAGGCAAUAUUGUGACAGCGGUAGUGCCUUUCGACGAUUCCAGACUGACACUUAAAUCUGACCCCGAUGCUUACAUCAAUGCUUCUUAUUACAAGCAACUAGCCUCAUGGUGCAUUCCACUAGUGAUAUCUAAGAAUCCGAUUGAGAAAGAAUACAGUGUUUUCUGGAGAGCAGUAUUAGAGAACAAAAUGGCUUGUAUCCUUUGCUUGCUCAGUGAAAUCGAAAUGCAGGGCAAAUCUUACUGGCCCACCGCAAAAGGUCAAACUUUAGAACUAGAUAAUAACAUCAAUGUAAUGCUGGAAGAAGUGACUUGUACAGUACACUGGACGGAGAGAAAGCUCACUGUGACCUGUGGAAAAGCCGUGCUCAAUGUUAUGCAUUAUCAGUUUAAUGUUUUUCCCACCAAGAUCGUCUGUUCACCACUCGUACUCGUCGCCGAUAAGAUUCUCAGCCAGACCUAUAAUAAUAAAUUAAGCAACCAGUUAACUGGAGCCUGGAUUCAUUGUGCAUCGGGAGCGGGUCGCAGCGCAGUGGUAGCUUUGCUUAUAAUGGUUAUGUGUCAAGUGAGAGCUGGACAGCUGGAUUUGUGUGAAAUGCUUGACGCGGGCUGUAUAAGCCUUUGUAAACACAGAACGAAUGUUCUAGAAGACACCAAGUACUUGGCGGAUGCUUAUAGGACAGCGCUGUUCUUCGUGCAAGGUGUGCUUUGUUCGGGUACCACAAUGUUCAAUGGCGAGGCAGUGACCUAUCCGAGCGGCGCCGCAGUCCUUCCCCCCGUACCCAUCCCGUCUCCCACUACCCCCACCCAUUCGUCCAAUCCGACGAAUCAGAAUCCGAAAAUGAAGUUCUCCAGGGAAUCUUUUGAAGAGAUGAAGCAGGCACCCGGUCUCAAAAGUGGUGAUAUGAAAGAUCCUUUGAACUUCCUUGAUCCCCUUUGGAGUUUGAAGAAAAAAUGAGCUAUGACUACGGGUGGCAAUGGAAAUUGUGCCAGGCAAUCCGUGUAAUAUUAUUACUUGUUUUGUAUUCCUCUGGGGUCGUGAUUCUAUCAAUAAAAAUCUGUAAUGAUGUCAAUAUGCAUAAGUAACAGAUACACGUAUGAAACUAAACUCUGUUCACAGGCGAAUAAAGUUGAAUGCAAAAAUGAUACUCAAUACAAAGACCACACGCUGAAGUGUACAAAAUAAUCCCAUUUUUUGUACAGUUCAUAUACAAUAUACACCAGCGUGUGGGCUUACGUAUAAUAUGGUGAAACUUAUUAUAACAAAGUCUAAAAAAAUGUAACCUGACGAUGCAUAUGUAGUGAAUAAACAUUAAACUUGGGAAAACUCGGGAACCACGGAUAUUUCCCAACGCUAUUGCCUUGUCUAUAACUUGUCGUAUUUAUCAAAAUUGAAUUCAAAUUCAAAGCUUUUAUGUCGGACAUCCAUCCAUAAGGGUUAGUAACUGAACACUUAAAAAAAAAAGAUUAGUAUUACAAAUAAUUAUACUUCUUUCUUAUUGAUAUGCAUUUGAGUCCAGUGCUCAUGCGAGACCUGGACCAUGAACGCAAUAACAUUCUGCACAUCAAGGAAGCCACUCUUUUUCGCUGCAAACAUUCCCGAUGCACAGCAAGAAACGUGGCAGCUGCAACAGCAUCUUGAAUAUAUUAUUAUACAAAACACGUAGGGCGCUGAGAGCUUUAUGGGUGUAGUUGACCCAUAGGCUUGAUGUGUAGGACUGACAGUAUGCUUUAAAUAACGCAAAAAUACGAAUAAACAACAGACAUAUGUAAUAUUGACUCCGAGAAGUGAUGCGAAUCACUGAAUCCGAUUACGCUAUCGGUACAGACUUCUCAUCGAGUCUCAAAGAUAAAUCGCUCCAUAUUUAUCAUAAAUUCAAAAUCUACGGACCGACGAUCGAUAGACUAUCGGACUGCGUUAAGGAUAUUUGAAAUCGAUGUAUAUUAGAUAAUUAAGUGAAAAAUUGGUGCGAUUCAUUGCUUUUAAAUGGAUAGAGAAGACAACAACUUCAGUACUUACAAUUAACUCGUCUUAGGGUGCGUACAGAUCUGAAGAAUGCGCCGCGAACGCUUCUAGCAUGCGUGCAAUUAAAU